GCACUUGAGCGCAUGCGCAAAAGAAAAAUGCACAGGAAAUGGGUUUUUUUUUCUGCGCAGGCGUCUUGGUCCUGAGGGCGGGGCUUGGCUGCGCCGCGGUGCGCAGGCGCAGCCGUCGGUGGGUCGGGUCUUCGGUCGACUGAGAGAUCCUGAGCAAGCAGUGUCACCUCACCAGUCUCGAGAUGGACAACAGGAAGCGCCUGGCCUAUGCCAUCAUCCAGUUCCUCCAUGGCCAGUUGCGGCACGGUGGGCUCUCGUCUGACGCCCAGGAGAGCCUAGAAGUUGCCAUCCAGUGUCUGGAGACAGCCUUCGGGGUGACGCUGGAAGACAGUGACCUUGCUCUCCCCCAGACCCUGCCAGAGAUAUUUGAAGCAGCCACUGCCAGCAAGGAGAUGCCACAGGACCGGCGGGCCCCUGACAGAACACCACCCUCUGAGGAGGACUCAGCUGAGGCAGAGCGCCUCAAAACAGAAGGUAAUGAGCAGAUGAAGCUGGAGAACUUUGAGGCGGCUGUGCACCUCUACGGCAAGGCCAUUGAGCUCAACCCUGCCAAUGCUGUCUAUUUCUGUAACAGAGCUGCAGCCUACAGCAAGCUGGGGAACUAUGUGGGGGCCGUGCAGGACUGUGAGCGCGCCAUUGGCAUCGACCCUGGGUAUAGCAAGGCCUAUGGCCGCAUGGGCCUUGCCCUGUCCAGCCUGAACAAGCAUGCGGAGGCUGUGGCGUACUACAAGAAGGCCCUGGAGCUGGACCCUGACAACGACACAUACAAGUCCAACCUCAAGAUUGCAGAGCUGAAGUUACGGGAGGCGCCGAGCCCUACGGGCGGCGUGGGCAGCUUAGACAUCGCUGGCCUGCUGAACAACCCACACUUCAUCACCAUGGCUUCAAGCUUAAUGAACAGCCCCCAGCUACAGCAGCUCAUGUCGGGCAUGAUCUCUGGAGGCCAUAACCCUCUGGGCACGCCAGGCAGCAGUCCGCAGCAGAGUGACCUGGCCAGCCUCAUCCAGGCGGGCCAGCAGUUUGCACAGCAGAUGCAGCAGCAGAACCCAGAGUUUGUGGAGCAGAUCCGGAGCCAGGUGGUGCGCAGCCGGACGCCCAGCGCCAGCCACGAGGAGCAGCAAGAGUGACACGCUGACCCGAGUGUCCCUUCGCUCUGCGGCUUCCUGGUGUUUUAGCAUUUUCUCCGUUGGACAGCUCGAGAGAGAAACUGGACCUGCAUGUUAAGACGGACUCAUCCCCGCCUUGUGUUUUCCUUCAUCCCUCCCCCUCUGUUUUGUACUCUUACUGGCCCCUCACCUCCCUGGAAGAGUCUACAGAAGAUGGCACAGCAGCACCAGUUCCUCCAGCCACCUAGGAAGCUUCAGGGAGGGGGUGGGGUGAGUGUGAGUCACUGCGUGACAGCCUGGGCCCUCAGGUCUCAGGCCCCACCCUGAUGGGUCCUCCUAAAGGGACUUGAGAAGCUGACUCUCAUCCCCCUGGGAAGUGUCCACUGCCAGCCCCAGCUGGGCGCCAGCGUUCCACGCCCACACCGGAUUGCAGGUCCCAGCAGGUGCCCUUGCCUGCCUUAUUCCAGUGGCCUGUGCCACAUAGGACUGAGGCCUGUGACUUCUGCCCAGCGUGUGGACCAUCCGUGUCUCUUCUUUCCAGCUUCCCCUCNGUCUUCACAGCCAUCAGCCAANCCUAAUUCUGUGUCCAGUCCAGCACCAUCCUCAGCCCGGCAGCAGACAUGGAUGUUGACCCAUCUAUGUCACCCUGUCCCUGAUCUCAUGGGAAUUCAGUGUCUGGGGUUGGCAGGGAGUUUCGGGGUAUCGGCGCUGAAAUAGUCACCAGGACCGUCCUUGUUGGGGUCAGUCUGUCCAGUGAUGGUGUGGAUGUCCCCACACCCAUUCUUGGCCCUGGGAACAGGUGGUGAGAUCACAGGACAGCUGAACCCUUGGAGGGGUCAUGAUGGCAUCAGGCUGCGGCAGAUAGUGUCAGAGGUGUGUGUGUGUGGUAGGUAGCCAGUAGGAUGAUGGGCCCUGAGGGCAGCAGCACCCCCUUGGGUACAGAGUGCCUGGGGAAUAAAGACAGUGAUGAUGCUCUGC